AUGGGCGAGGACUGUAAUAAACAGAAGGUGUACUUAACCGACAUAAGCAGGGAGCCGAAUGCCGGAGGAAGGAAACAGGCUCGGAUAGAGCUCCGUGCCCUUAAGGAUGCAUAUGCACUGAAGAUCGAGCCAGACAUGAUGCCAAAGGAAGAAAGUACUGUUCCCGACACAAAGCUGUUUCGAGUAACUGCCUACUGCACGGCCGAUGGAUACGACCUCAAGAACUUAUACAAGUACUUGAAGAAGAACUCCCUGUGCAACAAGGUCUCGAUGUACUUUGGAGAAUGCCUAUACACGCUGAUGAACUUCAAGGGCAGCGAGGAGAGACACGACUGCUUUUUCUACGAGUAUGGGGUUGUGGUGUGCUGGGGGAUGUCUGAGGCACAGGAGUCGAUGAUAGUCAAGCUUGUCGAGAAGUAUGAGGAGAAUGCACACCAGCCGUCUGAGGUUGAGAUUGAGUCCUUCAAGUACGGGAUAACCGGCAAUCCCUUUAUCAUCAACGAUGUCAUAUAUCUGAACUCCGAAAACCACUUUACAAAGAUGGUGAUUUCGAUUGCAAUAGCCCAGAGUGUGAAGCUGGACUAUUUCGAGAAUCUUGUGGACAACACCAUCGAUGCAGUAAAGGAGUUUCCCGAGGAGGUCGAGAGGGAGGGGAAGGUCAGCAAGAACAAGAGGGAAAUCCUGAAGAUGAUAGGGAAGCUGCACAGGCUGAGAUUCAACCUCAACCUUGGGUCCAAUAUUCUUGACGAGCCGGAGUUUGUGUGGGACUAUCCCGCAUUUUCGUCUCUCUAUGAAACAUGCAAGAGAUAUCUCGACAUCAAGCCUCGGGCCGAGCUGCUGAAUAGGAGAUGUGAUGUGAUCAACGGAAUAUUGGAGAUUCUCAACGAAAACACUAACAGAAGCAGUAUUGAGAAGUUUGAGGUUGUUCUGAUUGUCAUAAUACUGAGCAAUGUUGUCUUGAUAAUAUCGCAGAUGAUAGAAAUGUAUAUCAGGCUUAGGCCAUGA